AUGAACAUGUUUGAAGUGUUAAAUACAGAAGAUGAAACUACGGUUUCCAGUGAUAAAGAACCAAACUUAGAAGACGUUAGAGAAAAUGACUCGACUAUCAGCAGCAUUGAGGAUAAGGUUACUGUAACUUGCGCUAAUAAUGAAAUUGGUAAUUGGAAUUCAGAAAACAAAGAAAACGAACCUCGUCUUUCAAGUAGAAUAGGAAUGUUAGCUGGCACUGAAAAGCUGCAAGCAUUAAGAAGUAAAGAGAAAGAGUUAGAGGCUUCCUCUAGUAACAUUGAACUUAUUUCACAAUAUAUUAAAGUACCUCUUCAAUCUAAUAAAACAAAUAUUAUCAAUAAACGUUCUAAAAGUAAUGAAGAAAUUGUUCAAGAAGAUUCGAAAAAAAUAUCUUCUGAAGCUGAAAAACACACUGAGUGCCAAAUUACUUCCAUUUUAGAAGAGGAACAUGGAUUUGAUGUAAAAGGAAAGAAAGAGCAAGUGCAAGACAACUUACAAAAUAUAGAGAUUCAUAAGGAUUUAGAUGGAUCUUCCAGAAUUGAGCAAAAUAAGAAUACAAUAAAAGAAAAAUUCCAAGAGGAAAGACAGAAAUCAAACGCAAGUUCAAGAAAGCCCAGUAGUUCGAUUUCACAAUUAGAUAAUAAAAAGAAUAAAAGAAAAACCAAAGGGAAAAAAGAGAAGAAUGAAAAAGUUGACAUUGUUUCAAACAUCUCACAAACAGAAUUAAAUGUGACUACUCGUACUGAUUCCAAAAGUAUUAAAACUUUAAUAAACUAUUAUGAACUUUCAUCUGAAAAAUCUAAUGUGGAAGGAACAGCAGAUUCAAAAGUUGAAAAAACACAAGUUGACGAUGAAAAGAGAGAUGUUUCUUUUAGUUUUAAGGAACCAGAGCUUUUCAUUAAAAAAGUGACCAUAACAGAGUUAUCAAACCAAAUUGAGAAAUUGGAAUCCUAUCAAAGAUGUAAAGACUCGUAUCCAAAUAUUUCUAGUAAUGUAAUUAAGGCAUUGAUAUUAGCAUCUAAAAAAGACGUCACAUUCUCUUUAUUGAAUUCACUUUUAUUUUUAGUAAAUUUAGAGAAAAACAAAGAUAUACCCCUAUUGUUAGUUUCACUGGAAGAAAGUGAUUUCUUUAGGUCACUAAAAGAAAUGAAUGACACAACAAUUAUUAAGACAAAAACCUCUGAAUUAUCUCCUGAAAAGACAGUAGAGGUAUCUGAGAAGCAAGAUUUAAUAAUUGGUGUAAAUAUAGAAGAAGGAGGUCCUCCUGAACUUGAUACUAAAAAGGAAGAAAAAAUUUCAGCGAAAGAUCUGCGCUCUCAAAAUGACAGUAAGGAUAAACAGGCAGUAUUGGGUACGUCAGAUACAGUUACUACUGAAAUUACCAAUGAUAAAGAAGAAAAGGUGGGGAUUUGUUGGCAUAUUCUCGAUGAGGAGAAUAAAAAAAAGGAACAAACUACAGCUCAACCUUUUGAUAAAUGUAACGGUUUCGGGGUAGAAAAGGUUCUAGAAGGUCCAGACGAAGGCGAAAUUACUGAAGUUCCAAUAAAGAAAGAAUCAUUAAAAGACGAAAAACAGUUGCCCGAGGAAAUUUCGGAAUAUGAUCCUGAAGAAAGGAAGGAAGUUUUUGCUACAGGUAAGACAAAAGUCGAUACUGAACUAACCUGUAGUAAACAAGACAAUAUAAGUUUCAAAGGUACUAAAGCUAGCGAAGAAGAAAGUGCCAAUAGGGAGAAAGAUAAAUCUGAUGAUACCGAGGAAAGGAAAGAUAUGGAAAAUGAGAAAGGUAAUUCUCAAGAAAUACUAGGCUUCAAGGAAGUUAAAGAAGUAACUAAUAAAAUUAUUGAUAAGGAAGAGGGUAAUGAAGAUUCUGAAGCAGAACGAAAGGAAGAAAAAGAACCUUCUUUGUCAGGAAAAAAAGGUGAGUUUCUUACCCAAAGCUUAUUAGAAGAUAUUGGCAAACUUGGUAAAGGUAGUGUUUAUGCAAACCUUUAG